UGAAAACGAUAUGAUCUGUAUAAUGUGUCGAUAAUGUGUACAAUAUGACUGCAUUUAAAUUAGUUUUUUCUUUCCGUAGUAUUUAUGAUUGUAUGGUCCGCCAAUCAGACAGAAACCUUUUCUCAGCCCUACCACUCCGUAGGGCUGAUCUCCGGCUCUCUUCUCCAUCUUCUCCAUUUCUUUUCUUCUUUCAUAAUCUUACACCUACUAACCUGCCAGUCUACAGUCUACGUAGAUACGUACAGUCACUCUAUCAUGGGAUGAAUCAGGAUUCCAGCCCAGAUUCCUGAACAAAUGAAGAAUCUAUCCCAAACCACCCAAAAUGCCCUCCCGGUUCAGCUUCUUCUCCUCCAACACCCAGUCCCAGCCCCCCUUAUGGGAUAAAUGGGACGAUCUACCGGGGAACAUCGACCGUCUCACCCAGGAGGCAAAGCGACCGGAUACCCGCAUCUGGUGGUUGGACAUCCGCGACGCUACAGAGGAAGACGUCGAUCUGGUCUCGCAGGCGCUGUCCAUCCAUCCCCUGACGGCAGAGGACAUCGUCACCAACGAGACGCGCGAAAAGGUGGAGGUGUUUCGCCAUUAUUAUCUGAUUUCGUUUCAGACGUUGAUCGCGCCCAAGGACGGGCGGGUUGAGUCGCCGUCUAUCUUUUCCUCAACGCCGUCGUCGGCGGGGUUCUACAUUCUUGUCUUUCGGAAUGGGACGGUCACUUUUUCGCCGAGCGGGUGUGGCCAUGUUGCGAGGGUGAGGGAUCGUAUUCGUCGUCUGCAUGAUCCCGGUUUGUUGUCGAGUGAUUGGAUUUGUUAUGCGUUGAUUGACGAUAUUGUCGACAGCUUCGCGCCGUACAUGCAAGCCGUCGAGCACGAGUCAGAAGCCAUCGAAGACCAAGUCUUCAUCGUGCGCGUCGACGACGUCAAAUCACUCAUUCCGCGCGUCGACAACCUCCGCAAGAAAAUCACCCAUCUCAUCCGCGGCCUCAAUGGCAAAGUCGAUGUGCUCAAAGGCUUUGUCAAACGCUGCCAAGCGCGUGGCAAACACUCCUUUUCCCCAGACACCAACCUCGUCAUGUAUCUCGGCGACGUGCAGGAUCACCUGGUCACCAUCAUGUCGAACCUGACGCAUUUCGACGAGAUCGUUGGGCGGUCGCAGGCGAACUGUCUCGCGCAGCUGAGCGCGACGAACCUCCGGCUCAGCUUCACCAUUACGUCCGUGUUGAGCAAGGUGACGAUUCUGGCGACGAUCUUCGUGCCGAUGCAUAUGGUGACGGGGCUUUUUGGGAUGAAUGUUGAGGUGCCCGGGCAGGAGGCGCAUGGGCUAGGCUGGUUUUUUGGGAUUGUGGGUGCGUUUGUUGCGUUCAUGGCGAUUGCGUGCGUCGCGGCGUCGAGAUAUAAACUGUUGUAGAUGGAUGAAUGGUUUCAUUGACGGG